CUCAAUAAGAGUGCUCUCGCCUCUCUUCUUACUUUCCAACUGCUCAAGGAACUCCCUACUCUAUCGCCGCCUAUCGUAACGCUCGAAACAUGGCGGCGAACCAGGCUGAGGACACGUCGGCCGCCCCCGAUAGAGAGGCGACCCCUAUAUUCCGGCCCGCACCGCCAGAAGAGGACGACAUGCUCUCGAGGAUACUCUGCAAUGCAUUCCUUCCACUCUGGAACCACAAUUGGUUCCAGGGCAUAUCGCGACCGCUGGAGCCCGUGAUGAUCGGCACGCCCACCAGCAAACCGCACAUGAACAGCCUUCAGAAGACCCGCGUCCGCUUCUACCGAAGUCUAAUCAAGGUGACGAGGCUGCUCGGCGGCCUGGUUCUGGUCGCCGAAGUCAACGCGUCCGAUGAUGGCACCGCGACGACGACGACCACCACCACCACCCAACCCGACAUAGGCGCCAUCCUGCUCUGGCUGCCGCCCAAGAAGCGGAUGGGCGCCUUCGACCUCCUCAAGCUGUGGCAGGCGGGCUUCCUGGGCCUGAUGCUGCCGUGGCACUACGGCCUGACGGGCUUCUACCGCAUCCAGUUCGUCUUCGAGGAGAACAUCCACAAGAUGUGGACCAGGACGCUGCCGGACCUGCCGCCGCGCGGGAUCAAGGAGGAGGACUGUGCCUUCGUCCAGAUGAUCGCGAGCAACCCCAAGUACGCCGGGAAGCGCUACGCGUCGGCCCUGCUGGCCCACCAGAUCGAGCAGCACUUCGCCGAGUUCCCCGACCGCCCGGUGAUCCUCGACACGACGACCGCGCAGGGCAUCCGCGCGUACGAGCGGCUGAGCUUCAAGCUCCUGGCCGAGGUUCCCGUGGACAGCGGGACCGACGCCAAGGGGAUGAAGCUCAAGCCCAAUGCCAGCGAGGAGAUUAAGAAGGAAGCCAAGGAGGUUUGCAUCCAGCGAGUGAUGGCUCGGCUUCCAUGAGUGAGCUGGGACUCGGUAGUAGCAUGUUGCUGUGCUCCAAGACAAAGGGCCACCAGCAGGACAAUCGGGGUCUGAGGAUGGCAGAGCCAGAGGCGGCGAGUCGAUUUCUAAGGUGGCGCAUUAGAUUAGCAUGCGGUUAGGCGAACUCAAGGGAUCAUUCUGUAAUUCACUGGCCACAUCUAUAAAACUUCUAGGCUGACACAGCGCAUAAGGGUCGGGGUGUUCUGGCUGACUUGACUUGGAGGGGC